AUGUCCGCCUCAAACUCAACGGCGCUCACGAAGCGCAGCGCAUCGAAUGCGCUUAUGGCACCACCUCCUGCCCCGAAACGUAUCAAGCGCCCUUCUGUAGUUCUGGAUGAAGAUACCUACGUCUCUGCCGUAUCGCACAUUAUCCGCCGGGACUUCUUCCCAGGUCUUGCAGAAGCGGAUGCGCAGCGGGAAUACCUGAACGCGGUGGAAAGCAAAGACAAAUCAUGGAUACGAGAGGCAGGAAAGAAGCUGACGCAAGUCAUGACGCCUGUACCAAAUGGGCACAGAAAAGCGGCAGCAAGAACGCGGUUCAACAAGGGAAGCGGAGCUGGGGACAAGACACCUAGUGUAUGGGGCGCAGAUACACCCGUCACAGUCGCAGGCACAGAAGUAGAAGACGACGACGAAGGACUAGGCAAAUUGGACAACGUCGACCUAAACAUGAGUCUCGGCGCCUUCCAAGCAAAAUACACCAGCGAAGACCAAGAAAGUUUCAGCCAAAUCAUCGACAAGCAGAACAAGGACAAGUUCGAAAAGAACGUCUGGCUCCGACAAGGCAACAUGUACGCCAGCAAACAGCGUCUCGCGCAGCAAAAAGUCCUCGAAGCAAGAGCCGCCGCCUCAACCAGCAAAGACCUAGUCAUCACCACGCGCCCCAGCCAGAACCUCGACGACCGCCCCGCCGCCCCAACAGGCCACAGACACACCCCAAUAAACAGUCUCAUGUUCGGCCCCGAAAGCGUAGAACCAUGGGCUCCCACACGUGCCUUAGAAGCCGAAAAGGCAUCCCUCGCUCCCCCGAAAAAAGUCCUCUACAACAACACCCGCCUCCCCACCACCGCCCCCGAUACCGACGCCGCAAGACCGCCUAGCCCCACUCUCUCCGCCAUCCGCGACGCCGUCGCAGGUCGUCCGCGCCUCAACCCCAGCGAAGGCGGAUACGCUGGCAGCGAGACACCGCGCGUAAACGGCUACGCCUUCGUCGACGCACAUCCACCCGAGGAACCCGACGACGAGGACGCGCCAACCGAUCUACUCCAACGAUACGGGUUAGACACUGGGAGUGGUAGUACAGCCACACCCUUCACCAUCAACGACGCCUCUUCGCGCGAGAAAAUGCAUCAUAGAAUGGUUGAUAAGAUUGGUGCGAGUCGCUCUUCCUCUUCUGUUGGUGCUAUGAAACCCCCCGGCUCUGGUCUGGGUAUCUUUACGUCUGAGACGCCGAGGUUUCUUUCUGCGCCCACCCCGACGAGGGUGCUGGGAAAUCAGACACCAGGGAGGAAGAGCAAGGGGGAUUUGACGCCCGCGGCGCAGAGACUGUUUGAGAGGGUUGGGGCGGGGACGCCGGCGAGGGGGGCCAAGUUGGGGACAGCAAUUCCACCCAGGGUAUUACUCCAACAGACAGAAUAA